AUGGAUCAAGACAAUGACCAAGAGAAUAACCCUGAUGCAUCAGCAGAUGUUCUGCUGAAGUGCAGUCGUGGUCGGCUGAGGAAACAUCCGAAAUAUAAUCUAAUUCAGGGGAAGAAUCCAAAUCUGAACCAUGCAGGGAAUACCUGUAUCCGACCUGGAUUUGAAGGGGUGAAUGGAAAUCAACCCCUUCAAGCGAAUUCAAUCAAUGAUGCAAGUAAUAUGAUGGUGGGUCAGGAUGUUUAUGGUGUUAUUGAGGCAGCAUUUGAUGCAGGAUAUUUGCUCACUGUUAGGGUUGGCAACUCUGACGCCACUUUAAGGGGUGUGGUUUUCAAGCCUGGGCAUUUUGUUACUGUUUCAGCUAAGAAUGAUGUGGCUUUAGAUGUUCAAAUGAUGAGAAGAAAUGAGAUUUCCUUCCCAAGGGAGAGGAAUGAGCAGCAUGUGCAUUCUCGUGGAAAUGUAUCUGCUCAUCCAUUCAAUUAA